AAUCUCCUUUCUCCCAGAGAUUUCCCAAAUUAAGCAUUCAUACUCAUAAGACAUACAAGUUGUUGCCUUAACCUUCCAUUGAUUAAAGCUAGCAAGCUUAAUUACCCUAUUAUCAUGGCUCCCAUCUUAAGCAAAAAUGCGGCCCUAGACAUAAUGGGGCUCGUAAAUGGUAGUAAUUUACCAUUCUCCAUAACCUUAGAAGGAUCAAGUUUUCUUGCUAAUGGACACCCUUUUCUUACAGAAGUCCCUGCUAACAUAGUAGCCACCCCUUCAUCUUCUCUUUCUUUAAAAACCAAGAACACGGUGGGUUGCUUCGUGGGGUUCGACGCAAACGAACAGAAAAGCCGGCACGUGGUUCCCGUUGGGAAGCUAAGGGACAUUAGGUUCAUGAGCAUAUUCAGGUUCAAGGUGUGGUGGACCACUCACUGGGUCGGAAGCAAUGGACACGAGGUGGAGAACGAAACGCAGAUGAUAAUCUUGGACAAAAACGACACGGGACGACCUUACGUUUUGAUAUUGCCAAUAAUCGAAGGGUCCUUCCGAGCCUCUUUACAACCCGGGUUGAACGACAACGUGGACAUUUGCAUGGAGAGUGGCUCAACACGUGUAUGUGGGUCCCACUUCAAAAGCUGUUUGUACAUGCACGUUGGCGAUGACCCUUACCGUUUGGUGAAAGAGGCAAUGAAAGUCGUUAGGGUCCACUUGGGGACUUUCAAGCUUCUCGAAGAGAAAACCCCACCAGGGAUUGUAGAUAAGUUUGGUUGGUGCACGUGGGAUGCGUUUUACUUGAAGGUGGACCCCAAAGGGGUUUGGGAAGGGGUUAAGGGACUCGUGGAGGGUGGGUGUCCUCCGGGGAUGGUACUAAUCGAUGAUGGGUGGCAAUCAAUUUGUCACGAUGAGGACCCAAUAACGGAGGACCAAGAAGGCAUGAUCGACCGAACCUCUGCAGGGGAACAAAUGCCUUGCAGGCUCAUAAAGUUUGAGGAAAAUUACAAAUUCAGGGAGUACCGUAGUCCCUUUGGAGUGACCUCUAAGAAAGGUAUGGGUGCCUUUGUUAGGGACCUGAAGGAACAGUUUCAGAGCGUGGAACACGUGUAUGUUUGGCACGCGCUUUGUGGUUAUUGGGGUGGGAUUAGACCCAAUGUGCCAGGCAUGCCUGAGGCUAAGGUAAUUGCUCCGAAGAUGUCGGAGGGGUUGCGGAUGACAAUGGAGGAUCUGGCGGUGGAUAAGAUCGUUAACAACGGUGUUGGGUUGGUGCCACCGCAGCUAGCUCACCGCAUGUAUGAGGGGCUGCACUCCCAUUUGGAAUCGGCGGGAAUUGACGGUGUCAAGGUUGAUGUUAUACACUUGCUAGAGAUGUUAUCAGAGGAAUACGGUGGCCGAAUUGAGCUGGCCAAAGCUUAUUACAAAGCACUCACAGCUUCGGUGAAGAAGCAUUUCAAAGGCAAUGGAGUAAUUGCCAGCAUGGAGCAUUGUAAUGACUUCUUUCUCUUGGGCACAGAAGCCAUAGCCUUUGGUCGCGUAGGAGAUGAUUUUUGGUGCACUGAUCCCAAUGGAGACCCAAAUGGUACGUAUUGGCUGCAAGGGUGUCACAUGGUGCAUUGCGCCUACAACAGCUUAUGGAUGGGAAAUUUUAUUCAACCAGAUUGGGACAUGUUCCAAUCUACUCAUCCAUGUGCCGAAUUCCAUGCUGCCUCUAGGGCCAUCUCUGGUGGACCAAUUUAUGUUAGCGAUUGCGUUGGAAAGCACAACUUCAAGUUGCUCAAGACACUCGUUUUGCCUGAUGGGUCUAUUUUGCGUUGUCAAUAUCAUGCACUUCCCACACGUGACUGCUUAUUUGAAGACCCAUUACAUGACGGCAAAACAAUGCUCAAAAUUUGGAAUCUCAACAAAUACACGGGUGUUUUGGGCUUAUUUAAUUGCCAAGGAGGUGGGUGGUGUCCUGUGACUCGGCGAAACAAGAGUGGUUCUGAAUUUUCACACGCUGUGACAUGCUCUGCGAGUCCCAAAGAUAUUGAAUGGAGCAAUGGGAAACGUCCAAUAUGCAUCAAAGGGGUGGAUGUGUUUGCUGUGUACAUGUUCAAGGAGGACAAGCUCAAGCUCAUGAAAUCCUCGGACAAAUUGGAAGUUUCACUCGAACCAUUUAGUUUUGAGCUAUUGACGGUGUCUCCAGUGAUAGUAUUGUCGAAAAGGUUAAUUCAAUUUGCUCCAAUUGGAUUAGUGAACAUGCUUAACUCUGGUGGUGCCAUUCAGUCCCUGGAGUUUGACGACAACGCGAACGUGGCCAAAAUUGGGGUAAGGGGUUGUGGGGAGAUGAGGGUGUUCGCUUCAGAGAAGCCAGUUAGUUGUAAAAUAGAUGGGGUAGCUGUGAAGUUUGAUUACGAGGAUAAAAUGGUGAGGGUCCACGUUCCUUGGCCUAGUUCUUCACGAUUGUCUGUGGUUGAAUAUUUUUUUGAUCCCUUACAAGGUUAAAUUGGGAUUCAAUGAUGUUUGAUUCUCUCUGCUGUUAUUAAAUAACAAUGACCCUCCCUCCCUCUUCUUUUUAAUCAAUUUUAACAAUUUUUGUUUGGUAGUGACUAUAAGAUAACGACAAGGAAUUUGGAUUGUGAAAAUGAUUCUUGUAGUAUUUGA